AUGUCAAAUAAGAGAAAAGUAGCGGUGUCUACCAAUGCCGCUGCUAGUAGUCAACAGUUUGGUACCGGAUUUCAAUCAACUCUACCCACUUAUUUACCAAAUGCUGCCGAUGCCGAGACCGCCGAGACCGCCGAGACCGCCGAGCCUGUUGCUCUUGCUAAACCAGCUUCACCUGCUGAGCCUCUACUGAAAAAAAUCAAGAAGGGUGGGAGAGUACCCGGAUCACAGAAUUUCACUGAUGCGGAUAAGAAGAGAGCUUUUGGGAUUAUCAGGCGGGUUCAGCCAUUUGGAUCCAAUAAAUGGGAUAUAGUUUCAACGGAGUAUAACAGACUGUCUAGAGAACUAGAUAGAAAGGAUAGAGAUGGAGAUUUUCUCAAAAAAUAUUAUAGUGACAGAAUACGGGAUGGUUAUUCAAAACCAACUGGAGAUCCGGACUUGAACUGGGAAAUACAGGAAGCGAGAGAAAUCAAAUAUGAGAUUGAUGGAGUUCUUCAUAUGGGGAAACUUGAUGAUUCGGAAAGUGGAAUUGCUAUUGAUAAGGAGGGGAAAAAUGAUGAGUUGAUCGAUGAUAAUUUCAAAGGGUUGGAUGUAUCCUUGACUAUUUUGAAUGAUGAUCGGGUACUACCCGAGCAUACUCUAUUCGAUAAAUCAGUACCCAAAUUGAAAAUGACAGUUGAGAGAGCUAAGCGACAAACUCCGGGCAUUACUUCACAAGCUUCUGAGCUUCUCAAUAAAGUUAUGAGUACUUUUGAACGGGAAGAAACUGCAGCUAAAGGCAGCGAAGAUGUACUACAGCGUGCUUUAGAAAGAUCUGAUAUACGUUAUGAGAAAUUGGAAAUACGCUAUGAUAAGCUGGAGGAAAAACUUGUUCGUACGCAAGAAGAGCUUGAGCGAAUGAAGGAUGAAAACCACGAAUUGAAGUUACAGCUUGCUAUUUGGAGUACACAUAACUGUAGUGACGUAGACGUGGACGUAGACGUAAAGGUAUACUUUGACUAUGGACUAUGGGGUGGCUCUACCUGGUAUGAUAAACCAGUUGGAACCCUAUGA